UCAUCACAUACAAAAAUAUCAAAUUCCAAACAACCCUUAAAUUCUUGUUCAAUCUAACAAUCAUCAAUUCUCUCUGAUCAUGGAGAAAAACCUUAAGCUGAGGAACAAAAUCUUGAAGAUAUUACCAAAAACAGUUUCAGCUAUCACUUUAACAUUCCAAAACCAUCCAUUCAGCCCAAGCAAGGAUCACAAAUCCAAACCUCGUGGUGGUGUCAAGGGUUUUUCAGGUCCAAUAAUAACCAAUAAGCCUAAAAAUAUUGCAAAUGAUAAUGAAGAACCAAGUUCACCAAAAAUAUCAUGCAUGGGACAAAUCAAACACAAGAAGAAACAACAGAACAAAAAAACCAAAGACAUAGUAGAAGUGAAGAAACGUGUGACCACUUUUCAAAAGGUGUUUCAUGUUGGGAAGACAAAAUCUGAUGGGAGAAGGAAAUCAGAUGCACGUGUGACUCUUGAGGAAAGAACAAGAACAACAACACAUCAUGUGAGUCAAAUGAAACGGUUUGCAAGUGGACGUGGCGCUUUUGAUAAUUUUGAUUGGAAGGCUCAAGUGGGAGCUGAGGAAAUAGAUGAUUAUUAUUCAGAUGAAGAGAGAAUAGAGAGCGAUGAUGAAGAUGAGAAGUUUAUGAUUCCAUUUUCUGCACCUCUUUUGCUUGGUGGUGGUGGUGAUCUUAUUGGACUUGAUUUGAAGCCAAGAAAGGAAAUUAAUCUAUGGAAGAGAAGGACCAUGGCUCCACCUAGACCUCUUCAAUUGGAUCCAGUAAAUUAGACCGAAGUGAUUCUUAGUUUGCUCAUAAAAUGAAGAUUUGUUCUAUUGAUUUUGUUGUUAUUUAUAUUAGAACAUUUUGUACAGAACUACUACAACAGAUUUAGGUGCAAACAUUUGUUCAAAAGGAGGUAGAAAUAUAUGUAUUGUGUUGAUAAUUUUUUUCAGAAAUCCU